CCAUAAAUUUUCUAUUGUAUUAGUUUACGAGCAGUGACAACAUGAAGUUCUCGGCAUUGUCUCUGUUCUGUCUUCUAGCGGUUGCCUGCGCGAGGCAUAUCACCCUCGAAGAUGUCAUCGAUUUAGAAAAGAACACCGCGUAUGGAUACAUUGACAGAAUCGGGGUUCCGUUGGCUGAAAGAGUACGUAAAGCUGAGGAAGAAGCUCAACGUAAUCCCAGCAGAAUCGCCGGAGGUUCUCUUGCUUUUCUUGGACAAUUCCCAUAUCAGGUUGGUCUUCUCGUUGAGCUGCCAAAUCGCGUCUCUUUGUCGAGUGCUGUUCUAGUAUCUCCAACGAGAGUACUUACCGCGGCUCAUAACUUGGAUGACGGCAUUGUAUUCGUGACAAGAAUUAAUGUCGUGCUUGGCUCAGUCACUAUUUUCACCGGUGGUACUAGAAUUGUUACCUAUAACUUCGUUCUGCAUGAGAAUUGGACACCCUCCAUCAUUUUAAAUGACGUAGCUAUGAUCAACUUACCAUUAGCCGUAAGCACUUCCAGCAUCCUCGCUCCUAUCGCUCUGCCUUCUGGAAAUCAGCUCAAUGAAAACUUUGUUGGUGACACAGCAAUUGUAUCAGGUUUUGGAUUAACCCCAACAUCUGGCAUAACCGCUAAUCACCAGCUGAGCUUCGUGGAUGUGCCUGUGAUCCCCAAUGCUGAGUGUGCUCAGAUGUUCGGCUCGACCAUCCAACCUUCUAACGUAUGCACCAGCGGUGCUGGUAACAAGGGCAUCUGCAGUGGUGACUCCGGUGGUCCUCUUGUUGUUGUCAGAAACAACCGUCCACUCUUGAUUGGUAUUACUUCGUUUUUUGCAGCGUGUGGAAGCAAUAGUCCUUCUGGAUUCGCCAGAGUUACUUAUUUCAUGAACUGGAUCAAUAACCACCUUUGAAAUGAUCUGUUUACAUAUUAAACGAUCAUGUCAACCUGUAAAUAUUUUAUAUUUUAUUCUUUUUGUUAAAUAGAUACUGGAACUGUUGUCAUACUUUCAAUAGAUAUACUGUUAUGGAUAUAAUG